AUGCAGCCCUUGAACCUACCCAUCCCCCGUCCCCCGCGGACCCCCAGCCCGCCGACCCCUAUCCAGGAAGAGCCCGAAGAUGGCGGCCUCGGGAUCGGUGGAGGUCCUCGAACAGUGCACUCGACCAUCACCUUCGCCUCCAGAUCUCUCACUCCCUCUCCUAUUAUGGGCGACGCUUUCCCCAGCCAUUUCGGAUCCAUGGCCUCUCCAAUGCCGUCCUCUGCUGGCCUAGGAACACCCUCUCAUGGCUCAGAUAUGGGAUUGAGCCCUAGAUUCCCAGUAGCAGGACCCAGGAGCCCUUUUAACUUCCAGACACAGUCGAUCAAAGAUGUGCCCGCGAUGGCAAACUCAGCAAGCAAACGAAGAGGUCACAGAUACAAGCAUUCGAGCGUGUCUACCCAGCAUCAAAUCUUCCUCGAGCCGCCCCCACGCGCCCCUCUUGCGCUUCCCGCUUCCCUUCCGAUUCCCACAUAUACAGAGGCAUGGAAAAGCAGGUCCGCAGAGCAAUCGAAGCGGACGGUUUGGUGUUUUUGCCACGUCCUGACCGCAGGUUACGUUCUGUGGUCCGCAGAAGGCUCUCUUUCCCUCACAGCGCUCUCCCACCUCAUAUUCUUCGACGCCGUGUCCGCCACCAUCUGCGUGGUAGUCGACGUGCUCGGCAACUUCCAAGUCUGGAGGUGUUCUUCGAUUCGGCACCCCUUCGGCCUAGAGCGCACCGAAGUCCUGGCCGGCUUCGCCAUGUCCGUCUUCCUGCUCUUCAUGUCCUUCGAUCUCAUAUCUCAUAACCUUAAACACGUCCUAGAAGGCCUAGGCACACAUAAGCCUCACCACGCGCACUCACACGAGCGAGUAUCGUCUGGCUCUGUGGACUCAGCCGCUCUGCUUUCCAUAAUCGCUACGCUAAUUUCAGCCUAUGGUCUCAAGAACCACGCCCGGAUCGGAAAAGCUAUGCGCUUCUCAGCCUUUUCCUGGCUCCCAGGCAUGCUCUCCAACCCCUCUCACCUCCUGACCCUGUCUUGCAGUACGGUUAUGCUUCUUCUUCCCCUCCUCCCCAUCACACUUUACAUCUGGCUCGACCGCCUUUUCUGCGCCAUCAUAGCCAUAUCUAUGUUCUUCCUCGGCGUCCGGCUUGCGGUCACGCAAGGCCUGAUGCUGCUGAUGUCCUACUCUGGCGAAGGCGUCAGCGAUGUCAUGCGCGAGAUCCACAAAGAGCCCAUGAUCACCCAAGUCGAAGAGGCCAGGUUCUGGCAAGUCCACUACGGCUUAUGCAUGGCGAAUCUUAAGCUGAGGGUCAGAGGCGAUGAAAUUGCACUGGCAAAGCUGAAAGAUAGGAUCAACAUGCUGGUUAAGAACAGACUGGGCGGGGGCUACGGCAAGGGAGGAGGCAUGAAGUGGGAGGUUACCACACAGCUAACGAUUGAUAAAUGA